UUGCUUGUGAAAGCUCGUACGAAAAGCUUGGUGGGCGGCUUCUUUUAUUUUCUGAAUAAAUAUAAAUAUACUGCUUCCUAUGUUCUAAAUAGAAUAUAUCUAAGUAAUGUGUAACUAGUUUGUCAUCUCUAAAGGAUUAACUCCCUUUCCCAAAUGUUUGACAUGUGCAUAUCCGUUGUUCGCUUGUGACAUCGCAGUCGGAUAUAAUUUAAAAAAUUUACAGAAGUUAAUAAUAAUUCUGAAAAAUAUUUACAGCUUGAAAAAUGUCGGAUUAUUCCUUUUCUGAUAUAAGGAUUCGAACGGUGUAUGGUGGUGAAGUUAUGAUUACUUAUAUACCGCCAAACAUUUCGCUUGAUGACUUUUACAAAGAAAUGAGAGACAUUUGUAAGUUCAACAGUGAUUCGAACUUCACCGUGAAAUGGGUGGACGAAGAAGGAGAUCCAUGUGUUAUUUCUUCGCAAGCCGAGUUAGAUGAAGCUGUGAGGUUAUACGAAUUAAACAAGGACUCUGAUUUAACGAUUCAUGUAUUCCGUGGUAUCCCACCCGUCCCUGGAAUGUGUUGUCCAGGAGAAGACAGAAACAUAUACCGCCGAGGAGCAAGACGAUGGCGUAAACUGUACAAAGUGAAUGGUCAUAUUUUCCAACCAAAAAGAUUCAACCGCCGAGCUUUUUGUGCCUUCUGUGCUGAUCGGAUUUGGGGUUUGGGGAGACAGGGCUUUAAAUGUAUUAAAUGCAAGCUUAUGAUUCACAAGAAAUGCCACAAACUUGUAAAAAUUUCUUGUACUAAUACUCCUGGUGAAAUAAAUUUACAGUUGGAUUUCAGUGCCAAUGCUGCUGGUUCGGUUAGUUCACGAGAUCAGACCUUAGUAAAUGGUGAUAUUAAUAAGAGCGCACAGCAAUCGAAAUCUGGAACGCCGAUUGUGAGAAAACGUCAAUCUGAAAUGCAAGAAAUUAUUGAUCAAACUGAGCAAGUAUAUAUUCAGGAUAUUGAUCAAGCUACAAAAGAUCUAGGACAUACAGAAUCAUGGCAGUAUACCUUGGAUGACUUUGAGCUUUUACGUGUCAUUGGCCGUGGCUCGUAUGCAAAAGUUCUUAUGGUAGAACUGAAGAAAACUGGCAGAAUUUAUGCAAUGAAGGUAAUAAAGAAAGAAUUGGUCAGUGAUGAAGAAGAUAUUGAUUGGGUUCAGACAGAAAAACACGUUUUUGAGACUGCUUCUAACUAUCCAUUUCUUGUUGGGCUGCAUUCUUGUUUUCAAACACCAAGCCGUCUCUUUUUUGUUAUUGAGUUUGUACGAGGAGGUGAUCUUAUGUUUCACAUGCAAAGGCAAAGGCGUCUUCCGGAAGAACAUGCAAGGUUUUAUGCUGCAGAAAUCUCUUUAGCCCUCAACUUUUUACAUGAGAGGGGUGUAAUAUAUCGUGAUUUAAAACUAGAUAAUGUCUUAUUAGAUCAAGAUGGGCACAUCAAGCUUACAGAUUACGGCAUGUGCAAGGAAGGUAUCCGUCCUGGAGAAACAACGGGUACUUUUUGUGGGACACCUAAUUAUAUUGCUCCAGAAAUCUUACGUGGUGAGGAAUAUGACUUUGCUGUUGAUUGGUGGGCACUUGGGGUUUUGUUGUAUGAAAUGCUUGCAGGACGUUCACCCUUUGACAUUGUUGGUGCUGCAGAGAAUCCUGAUCAAAAUACCGAGGACUUCCUUUUUCAAGUUAUUUUGGAUAAAACCAUUAGGAUACCUAGAUCAAUAUCCGUGAAAGCACAAUCGGUCUUGAAAGGUUUACUCAACAAAAAUCCGGCGGAGCGUCUUGGAACUGCGCGUGGUGGAUCGACACAAUCUGGUUUUGGGGAUAUAACUUCUCAUCCCUUUUUUAAAAGCAUUGAUUGGCAGUUGUUAGAAAGCAAGCAAGUCUCACCUCCUUAUACUCCUAAGAUUGAGACUGAUCGAGAUCUGCAAUUUUUUGAUCCUCAGUUUACUAAUGAGCCGACAGUUCUGACUCCAGACGAUAUGAAAGAAAUUGAGAAAAUUGACCAAUCAGAAUUCGAAGGAUUUGAAUACGUAAAUCCUUUAUUAAGUUUAAUGUCAAUGGAAGAUUGUGUUUAGCUUAAGUACAAACUUCAUUAAAAUACCGGACUUAAGUCAAUAUAUUGUAUAGUAUGUUUUUCCUCUGAUGGGAACAGAGCCUAAAUAAUUUGCCAGUGAAGCUCUUUCAAAGAAUUUAUUUUUAUAUUGAACUGUACUGUUUAGAUUAGUUGAGUUGAACUUUGAGUAAGAAUUUUCAAACAUAUGUCUUAGUAUUGGCAAUAUUUUGUGCAAAUUUAGUUUUCGUGUACAGAAAAUAAUAGUAGUUGCCUUUGUACAAGUCCUGUAUUAAGAACAUGUUUUGAACUAAUUUUAUAAUUUUAUGCAAGUGUUUUAAGGUUAUAAUGUGUAGUGUAAAGAAUAUUAUAAAGUUUUUUUUUGCAGCUAAUUUUUUGCAUUUAUUUCAUAAAUUCCAUGCUUGUGUUUUAAAUAUAUUUCUGUUGUGGGGUUUUUUACUGCAUAUUAUUAUUUAUAUAAGUAGAAAGAUUUAGUUGAAUGUACAUAUUGUAUGCAUUAUGUUUAGGAGGGGUUAAUCUACUUCUUAUCUUGUUUACUUUUGAAAUGCAAUUCUAACUCUGGAUUACUGCAUCGUUUCAAUUUUUCCAAACAAAACUGGAAAUAGCAGUCAUUCCAUAUUUUGAACCCAUUCUGUAGUCAUUGUUAUGCUAAUUACUUUUUUUUUAAUUGAAAUGUUUAUUAAGAAACUUCUUUUAAGCUCUUGUUAAUUAAAAAAUAACUACAUUUGUUAUCCCAUAGGAUUAUUAACAUAAUUUGAAAAAUGUAUGUAGUUGAGAAAAUUCAAAUCAUUUGAAUUUUUAUGCUGCAUUUGAAAUAUGAAAUAAGUAUUAUUUGUUAAAAAUAUGUUUAGCUAGGGAUAUUUUAUG